GGGCCGACCUAGAUGAUCUGGAUAGAACUAGAAGAGAUCGUAUUCCUAAUUGUAAUUGGAUUAGAAUUCAUAACAGAAAUCAACGGACCAAAAAUUCUACAAAUUCGUGGAAGAAGCAAAUUGGGUUGUGAUUAAAAUUUCCAAAGCUUUGAAAUUCCUUUUCCGAUCAGGAAAUCGAGUUGAAACCGCUAUAAAUUUUGCCAAAUCUCUCUUUUUUUUGUGUGGGGUUUCCGUUUCUGUUUCUGAUUGAAGGAUUUUACUGUGGAAAAAUAAGAAUAUGACAGAGAAGAAUCCGUAUCUGAGUGGAUCAGCCACUGUACAGAACGAGAAGAACGACGAAACUGAGUGGGAGAUGAGGCCCGGCGGCAUGCUCGUCCAGAAGCGAGAAGAUAACAAUGGCGCCGAUGUUUCUUCUACCGGCCCCAUGAUCGCCGUCAGUGUUACUCACGGCCAUGGCCCUACCAAGUACAAGCUUUUCCUUCCUGCUCAAUCGACUUUUGGUGAUAUGAAAAAACACCUUGUGGCGAAGACCGGUUUGCAGCCUGAAGAGCAGAGACUCCUAUUUCGGGGUAAGGAGAAGGAUGAUGAUGAGCAUUUGCAUACCGCAGGGGUGAAGAAUUUGUCAAAGAUUUUACUCUUGGAGAACAAGACAAGCAAGCAGAGGAAGGUGGUGGAAGAUGUUAAGGUGGUAGAAGAGGUUAAGAGAAGUGAUGGGGGGGUUUCAAAGGCAUCAGAAGCCAUUGCCGAUGUUCGGUCUGAGGUUGAUAAGCUUUCAGAUAGGGUUGCUGCCUUGGAAGUAGCUGUUAAUAGUGGCACAAAGGUCGCAGACAAGGAAUUCGUAGUAUCAACAGAGCUGCUGAUGAGACAAUUGUUGAAAUUGGAUAGUAUUGAUGCUGAAGGAGAAGCAAAGUUGCAGAGAAAAGCUGAGGUAUGUCGUGUCCAGAACUUCGUGGACACACUCGAUGCGUUGAAGGCCCAAAACUCUAAAUCAAUCAUCAAGAAUCACAACACGGUUUCAGUGACGACAGAAUGGGAGACCUUUGACUCAGGAGUCGGUAGCUUGACUCCCCCAUCCCCUGCUCCAUCUUCUACAAGAGUAACUCAAGAUUGGGAACGGUUUGAUUAGCUCAUUGGAACAGCCCCACGAGUUUCAUUUAUUUAAAGUCUAUUAGUAUUAGUCAAUCAUAAAGAACAUCAAAUACAUGUAGGCAUGACAAAAGCUAUCAUUUCUUAUUAACUCAGUUGUUGUUUCAAUAUUAAGUUAUAUUUAAUGAAUGAAAACAGAUUGAGCACAAUGAAAUGACUGGAAUCAUA